UGUCAAAUUUUAUCGAUGGCGACCACCAAUUCAGCCACCCGAAGUCCAAACACACCGAGGAGAAUUUGCAGUGUCUGCGAGAGGCCAGCGACCGUGUGCUUAUGUGACUCAAUUCCGGCUGAACCACUCUCCACCGCCACGCAAAUCGUAAUCCUGCAGCAUCCACACGAGCAACGCCACCGACUCGCUACGGUCCCCGUGCUCAACAAAUGCCUCCGAAACUGCCAAACACUAAUUGGCCGUCGAUUACGACGCGGUGAUUCGGCUCUUCUCGACUCUCUCCAUGACGCUGCCGCCGAAGAGAACCCUAACCAAUCUCUUCAUGCGGCGUUUCUUUUUCCUGGUACAGACAUAACUCCUUCAAUGGAGAUCAACCAGUGGAAAUCUUCAUUUGGAGAUGUUGAUAUGAACAAAUUUGUUCUGAUUGCUUUUGAUGGGACAUGGAAGCAUGCGAAGGAAAUGGUAUGCGCUAGCUUUCCGUUCUUAUCAAAGUUUGCCACUCAGGUAUGUUUGACUUAUGACUUGAAUGUUGAUGGUGGAACAAUUUUUAGUUCCGAUCUAAUACUUAGGAAGGAACCUUUUGGUGGGUGUAUGAGUACCAUGGAGGCGGUUGCACGUUGUUUACGAAUUCUUGAACCAAAUGGGGUCGAGAUUGAGUCUAAGGUGAUUGGCGUUUUAAGAACAAUGGUCAGAUUUCAGGCUUCCUUCUUGAAACCCACAAAAACAAGGCCUAAGUUAUUGAAGAAGUGUAAAGAUUAAUUUGAGAAUCGUUGACAGUUGAAUCUUGUUUGGCAAAAAAAAGUCUGCCUCUUAUUAGUUCUAGAACCCUCUGAAUGAUUUUGUAUCUUGGGCCUCCCUAAACCACUAACUGUCCUAAUUUCAUUCUGAACUAUUAUCAAGCAACUAUAUUUCAUUUGGUAGU